UGGGAGAAAAUGCAAAAAGAGACAGCAGGAGGUGCCACACAGCAUCCCCCCUACGCCGAAACUAAAAUGAACAAACCACCCCCGCGAAACACAAGAGCCAUCACCGGUGAAAUACAAAGCGGAAAAAACCUUCUCUCGCGACAUGCCCACCACGAGCGAAGACCAGCCCGCUGACACCCGAGAGCUUAGAAGUUGUUCUCUAUCAUUGAACCAUCGAAAAAGAAAAACCACUCAGACCGCGUUUUCUCCCUCUUACUCCCGCAUGCGGGGGAAAGAACGAUCAUCAAUGGCUGACGGCAGUUGCCGCGAAGCAACACCAUGAAGCCGGCUUCACGCUCAGGAGAAAACGCUACGUCUCUUCCUCGUGGUUUUCGGUGCUCUACACGUUCAGAGAAACUUCUCUAGUCACAAACUAUAGAAAUGAUCCCUGAAAGUAUAGUCUUAGCAACCUCCUCGCAGCCUCUGCUAGCUCUACAUCUGCCGCAAACUUUUCACUGAUGGCGAGAUACUUUCGCUAGUUCCGAUGCCAUUAGGAAACAAAUAGGAAAAUAGUUUGGCAAUAACAGCUUUUCGAAUAUUAUCACCUGACAAAUUUUAACGUUUUAGGUGGAAAGACAAAGUCUCGCUCUGUCCUCAGAGGCAGGAGUACAAUGGUGUGAUCAUAGCUCACGAUCACCUUGAAAUCCAGGACUGAAACGAUCCUCCCACCUCAGCCUCCUGAGUAGCUGGGAUUACAGGAGCAGUUUCAGUCUCAACUUCAAAAGAACAAACGCGCACUCAAAACAAAGGAAGACGGUCCUCGACUGCAGAGGAAGCAGGAAGCUGUCGGCCCAGCUCUGAGCCCAGCUGCUGGAGCCCCGAGCAGCGGCAUGGAGUCCGUGGCCCUGUACAGCUUUCAGGCUACAGAGAGCGACGAGCUGGCCUUCAACAAGGGAGACACACUCAAGAUCCUGAACAUGGAGGAUGACCAGAACUGGUACAAGGCCGAGCUCCGGGGUGUCGAGGGAUUUAUUCCCAAGAACUACAUCCGCGUCAAGCCCCAUCCGUGGUACUCGGGCAGGAUUUCCCGGCAGCUGGCCGAAGAGAUUCUGAUGAAGCGGAACCAUCUGGGAGCCUUCCUGAUCCGGGAGAGCGAGAGCUCCCCAGGGGAGUUCUCUGUGUCUGUGAAUAACAGAGCCCAGAGGGGUCCCUGCCUGGGCCCAAAAUCACACAGCAGAUUGGGGUAGAGCCGGAGAGGACCCGAGACUCCUGUGCCAGCCUGGGCAUCCCCUCCACUGCCAGGGAAGGACUGCAUCCAAGUCGCAUCCGUACCCAGG